UGGGGUGGGGACAAGGCCAGAUGGGGCUAAACCCCGUGGCUGGGUUGCCUUCUCAGUGCUCAGGAUGCUCUUGGGGAGCCCUCAGUGAGGGGUGCCCUUCUGAUGUGGGUGUGAAGGAGGAGCAGAGGGCAGGGUGGAGGUGAGAGAAGGGGCCAGUGGGAUUGGCCUGUGAUUUGGACAAGGAAUGGCUCAGAAAGCAUCCUGGGUAGCUGGGGCAUGGAGGCGCACUCACCUGUGGUCCCAGCCACUUGAGAGACUGGCGGGAGGAUCACUUGAGCCCAGGAGUUCCAGCCUGUAGUGUGCGGCGAUCAUGCCUGUGAAUGGUGACAAACCCUGGUGAAUGGUGGAGCACUCCUGAGAGCUGGGAAGAGGAAGACCUCUUUCUGAGGCAGCAAACUGAGCAGAGCGGCGGGAGAUGGGACUCGAGGGUCUCCAAACCUCCCCGAAGCUGUGCGGCUCUGCCUCUCAGUCUUGUCCGCAGGGCUUUGUCGUUCGUGGGGGUCACAGCUCUCAUGGCUGCCGCUAGCGUGACCCCCCCCGGCUCCCUGGAGUUGCUACAGCCUGGCUUCUCCAAGACCCUCCUGGGGACCAAACUGGAAGCCAAGUACCUGUGCUCCGCCUGCAGAAACGUCCUGCGAAGGCCCUUCCAGGCGCAGUGUGGCCACCGCUACUGCUCCUUCUGCCUGGCCAGCAUCCUCAGCUCUGGGCCUCAGAACUGCGCUGCGUGUGUUCACGAGGGCAUAUAUGAAGAAGGCAUUUCUAUUUUAGAAAGCAGUUCGGCCUUCCCAGAUAAUGCUGCCCGAAGGGAGGUGGAGAGCCUUCCGGCCGUCUGUCCCAGUGAUGGGUGCACCUGGAAGGGGACCCUGAAGGAGUACGAGAGCUGCCACGAAGGCCGCUGCCCGCUCCUGCUGACCGAAUGCCCCGCGUGCAAAGGCCUGGUCCGCCUCGGUGACAAGGAGCGACACCUGGAGCAUGAGUGCCCGGAGAGAAGCCUGAGCUGCCGGCACUGCCGGGCACCCUGCUGCGGGGCAGACGUGAAGGCGCACCACGAGGUCUGCCCCAAGUUCCCCUUGACCUGUGACGGCUGCGGCAAGAAGAAGAUCCCCCGGGAGAAGUUUCAGGACCACAUCAAGACGUGUGGCAAGUGUCGAGUCCCUUGCAGAUUCCAUGCCCUCGGCUGCCUCGAGACGGUGGAGAGCGAGAAGCAGCAAGAGCACGAGGCGCAGUGGCUGCGGGAGCACCUGGCCAUGCUACUGAGCUCGGUCCUGGAGGCAAAGCCCCUCUCAGGAGACCAGAGCCAGGCGGGGUCAGAGCUCCUGCAGAGGUGCGAGACACUGGAAAAGAAGACAGCGACCUUCGAGAACAUCGUCUGUGUCCUGAACCGGGAGGUGGAGAGGGUGGCCCUGACCGUCGAGGCCUGUAGCCGGCAGCACCGGCUGGACCUAGACAGGAUCGAAGCCCUGAGUAACAAGGUGCAGCAGCUGGAGAGGAGCAUCGGCCUGAAGGACCUGGCGAUGGCCGACCUGGAGCAGAAGGUCUUGGAGAUGGAGGCGUCCACCUACGAUGGGGUCUUCAUCUGGAAGAUCUCAGACUUCGCCAGGAAGCGCCAGGAAGCUGUGGCUGGCCGCACACCUGCCAUCUUCUCCCCAGCCUUCUACACCAGCAGGUACGGCUACAAGAUGUGUCUGCGCAUCUACCUGAACGGCGACGGGACCGGGCGCGGAACCCACCUGUCCCUCUUCUUCGUGGUGAUGAAAGGCCCGAACGACGCCCUGCUGAGGUGGCCCUUCAACCAGAAGGUAACCCUGAUGCUGCUGGACCAGAACAACCGGGAGCAUGUGAUUGACGCCUUCAGGCCCGACGUGACCUCAUCCUCUUUCCAGAGGCCGGUCAACGACAUGAACAUUGCAAGUGGCUGCCCCCUCUUCUGCCCCGUCUCCAAGAUGGAGGCCAAGAAUUCCUACGUGCGGGACGAUGCUAUCUUCAUCAAGGCCAUUGUGGACCUGACAGGGCUCUAACUGCCCCCAAUUGGUGUCGGGUUUGGGGGCAGCCAGGCACAGCCGGCUCACUGAGGGGCCACCAUGCUGGGCCAGGGCCUCACUGCACAAGUGGGCAGGGGCCUGGCUUGGGCACUUGGGUGGGUGUUGGCCUGCAGCCACGUUCACUGUCACGGGGAAGGAGCCACCAGCCAGUCCUCGGAUUUCAGAGACUGCAUAGAGGGGCCUAGGAGACGGGCUCAGCCCAGGGCUGUGCUGGGGCUGGCCAAGGGUCUUCUGGUGCUUCUCUUGCUGUCUGUCCUGUGCAGUGAAGGGAGAGGCCCUGGGUGGGGACGCUCGGAGCGGAGCAUAUCCCAGCACUGCCCACGAAGCAGGAGCACAGUGGUAGCCUUGUGUUCCUCAGGCGUGGCAGGCAGAAAGGAGGGGCUGCUCCAGGAGAAGGGCCUCCUGCCGGCCAGAGCGAGGAAGGCCAUGCGGCUUGGUUCUCCCCUCUGGCCCCUGGAGAGAAGGGAGCAUUCCUAGACCCCUGGGUGCUUGUCUGCACAGAGCUCCGGUCUGUGCCACGUUGGCCAGGCUGGGUAUGGGAGAGGGUCUGGUCCCACGCUGCCUCUGCUCAGACCAUGGUGUAGGGGUGCGCAGCACGGCCUGCGGGUGCUGUGAGAGCACUCCGUGCAGCUCACGAGACACAGUUAUUAAACCGUUCAAAUCUC